UUACUUUGGUUUGGCAUUUUGUAAAAUACAGAGAAAAGUCUAUUCAAAGGAAGAAGAAGUCCGAUUUAAAUGAAGAAUCAGGUGGAUAUCCAUAUCAAUAAUGGAGUAAAGGAAUAAAAACUGCUGUCAAAUCAAAUAGUGUAUAAGCUAGUUAACCCUCCAAACUAACUUCUUUGUCUUACUUUCUUAAAAUACCUUCUCACGCAAAAGAUUUAGGUUGGUAUACAUUGUUUUAACGUGUUUUCUGCAUGAACUUUCAGUAUUUUUCAUACUUGUAUUGAAAAGCACGUGUAAUUAAUUAAUUCUACACAUUCGUUUCAUUAAACAUGUUUUUUUUUCGUAUCAUGAUCAUCCUAUAUAUACUAACUGUUACUUGUUCUAAUCUUUUUACAAUAUGGUAUAUAACAUAUCACUUUAGUGUCUAAGUUAAAAUUAUCAUUAUACUAGCGUUUUGGCAUUUAUAUUAAGAUUUCAGAAACUUAAUAUAUUUUUGUGCCCGAAAUAUUUGGUGUUUAAGCACAAGCCAAGUUUGAUAUUAUGAUACUUACGAAAGCGAAAAGAUAAGCUUGCUUUACUAUUCCAGUAUUCGACAUCUUAUGAUAAUUACUGUUGAGAGUUUGAAUAUUACAACAACAAAACAAAACUAGCUAAACAGUAAUGACGUCUAUAUAACUAUUUAAUAUUCUCGUCAACGAACUUGGCAUAAUAAAAUGUAAAAUCUUGAAAUAAACGACGGUCACCUCAAACCAGAUUCCCAUUUCCUAAGUAUAAAAUGGAUCUGUUUACAUUCUAAAAUACAUAAAAUAAACAAAAGUUGACGACGGCGACCAAAACAAAACUCAAUAUUUAAAAAUUUUGAUACUAAAUUAAUAUAGAAAAUUCAAAGUCUUACAUUAGCGUGGGAUUCACUCCUCUCUCACCGUUCCACUCUUUCCCCCUCAUUUCCGCUACACUUAUUUCCAUCAAAUCCACACACACGCGCAUAUUAUAUAAACACAUAUACUUACACAUUAUUCAUUCAUCCAUUACUAAUAGAAGAACGAGUUAAACUAAAAAAAAGCAUAAACAUUUAGUACCAAAUGGCUCCGUGUCGUACGAUGGUUCUGCUCUGUCUAGUUCUGUUUCUGGCGGCGAGUAGCUCUUCGUAUGUGGCGGCUGCAAGAAUUGGAGCCACCGUGGAGAUGAAGAAUAGGAAGAGCUUAGGGUUCAAAGACAGCCUUAUUUCUGGUUACUUGCCCAAAGGCGUUCCCAUUCCUCCUUCUGCCCCUUCGAAGAGACACAACUCUCUUAUUGACUCUCAUCCUCAUUGAUUUUUUUCAUAUUAUCUUUUUGUUUAUUCAAUGUAUUUUUUUGCGGUUUUGUUUUAUAGUUUAGAUCAACAUAGUUACACAUAGGAUAUACCCUUUGUAUAUGCUUUCACACGUCUAUCUAUACUAUUGAUUUUUUCAUAUGAUUAUGAACUAAUGUUUGUUUAAGUUCAUGAUGUCAUAUAAAGAUCAUGAAAUUCAAUUAACUCAUCUUGUCAGCCUUGUGUUGCAGUCUGCAUCCAGCAUCACACAUCAUCCGCUUAAUCAAGAACAUGUUCGUGCCAGUCUUGGCAUGUUCUUGAAUUACGUCGCAAGUUCAUGAAGUUAACAAUUUGAUCAUCAAUUAGACACCGGACAACUCUUGUCGAAAGCUCAUAAGUUAACACGUGCUAAAAGUUGUUAAGAUAUACUUUAAUAAUGUGUAACAAACACACUUGUAUUCUUUCAAAAAAACAAAACGAACACACUUGUACUGUGAAAUUUGUCUUUCUCUUAAGAAGAUAUAUAUACUUAAUAAAUAGACAUCAAACGUCUUAAAGAGUUUGAAGGUAUAGUGGAAUCAAUCAUAAGAGAUAAAUACAGCUUACAAUACAUAGAAGAAACAUCUUAUGUAGCGUAGCGGUCAUUUUUCCUCUGGAUGAUUAGAAAUAAGCCCUAGUAAGGAAAACAGAGACCAACAAAAAAAAUAUUAAAAAUGGAAAAGGAAGGGGCAUUCCGAGAAUUGAACUCGGGACCUCUCGCACCCUAAGCGAGAAUCAUACCACUAGACCAAAUGCCCUUCUGAAAGUAUUUGGUACCAACAGGCUUCAAAAUUAAAUCCGAUUUUCACUAUUUUCUCAAGCGGCAAGAACGAAGGCGUCGGGAAGAGUCAUCCAAUCGUACCCUUCGCACUCUGUUUGUGACAGUCAAGAACUUCAUCUUCUCUAUCUAUAGUCACUUUUCUAGCUGCGCAUCCUUCGAAGCUCUCGCCUGCUCAAUAAAUUAAAGAUUAGCUGGAAUUUCGCAGAAACGUGACUAGGAUUUGGGAGAGAGAGAGAAUUACCCGCACAAAACGCAGCGCCAGCUCCCUCUGAACCCAAAGCGGCUGACAAUGUCUACUCUUCAGCCUUUAUUGACAUGGUUAUUCGGAAACUACAUUCUUGGAAUGUUAAAUAUCUAUUAUUUGCUGGGAAAGUGAAAAUGGUUGCUUCAGUUAUAUAUGGUAUGGUAAUUUCUGGAGUGCUGUAUUUGUUUUCGUAAGGCGUUUUAUGAAAAGAUUGAUG